GGCGAGAAUUACUGUCCAGACAAGAUCCCAUGUCAUGGAAUGAGAGCCAGACUAGUAUAUAAGACGGCACCUGUCCAGCUAUUCUCCAUGUUGAUCACCAUCGCCGACCACCACCGAUAUCCUGAUUCUUCAGAGCUUGACAACAAUGGCUCGCUUUCUUACUGCUGCGGCUACCGCCGCAUGCCUGUUGGCCCACGCCAACGCCAACCCCGUCGCUGCUCGCGAGGAAAAGGUCACCAUGAAGAACCUCCUCGGCUUCGAUGAGAGUCUCAUCAACCCUUCGGCUCUCUCAGACGACACAGUGAUUCCCGAAAUCACCUAUAUCCAGCCAGAGGACGCCCACUUUGCCGAUGGAGCCACGGAGGCUGCCCCGUUGACCAUCACCGAAGAGCAGGCCAAGACCCUGUCCGAGCGCUUCAUCAACGGCGCUGACGAUCGAUACCAGUACACAGACGGCAACUACCCCUUUCGCAACGUAGGGAAGCUCUUCUGGGACAAUGGCGUCUUCUGCUCCGGCGCCCUCAUCGGCCCGCGCCACGUCCUCACCGCCAAGCACUGCAUCGUCGAUGGCGUGACCGGCUAUUUCGCGCCCGGUUUCGACAACGGCGAGCCCUAUGGACGCGGGCGCGUCACCAACAUUGUUUCCUCGGGCUACGAGUGGGGGUCUGCCUGCGGCUUCAAGGGCGACUGGGCCGUCAUGAUCCUCGACAACCGUCUGGGUGACCAGCUCGGCUACUUUGGCGUCAAGCUGCCCGAGGCUAGCAAGCAAGACCAGUCCAUCUUUGACCAUGUUGGCUACCCUGGCGAUCGCGACGGUGGGAACAGGCCUUACCGCACGCCUGGCAACACCGUCCAGUCAUUCCGUCCAUGGGACUGCGAUGCCACGGGCCCCUUCUACACUGACACGGACUGCAUGGGUGGACAGUCGGGUGGUCCCCACUGGGAAAACACAGGUGAUGGCGCGUAUAUCUGGGGCACCCUGUCUGUCACCUUUGACGGCGGCAACGGCGUUGCUUGGUCUGGCUGGGGCUCUGGCAACGAGAUGCUGGACACUGUCCUGCGUCUCAGGAGCGAGUUCCCUUGAGGGAUUGGGGGUUAAAGACUGUCAAUACUGAAAGCAUGUAUGCUGUAUGUACUGCAAAUGGAAACAUUAUUGACCUCUCAACUGCUAGCCGUUGUCACCGUGAGCGCCUAACU